AUGUAUGACGAGCUUAUGUCAUCUGUGAGAUCAAUAUAUGUCAAUUGGAUAGACUAUUGUCAACCUAAUUUCAUUUUCUGUUUAGUUCUCUGGUUAAAAGCCUAUCAAAAUGUCUCUUCUAUUUGUUUAUGUUUAAACUGCAAGAAAAAAAUUGUAUUUGAUGAGACGGGUCAUAUAUCUUUGUAUCUUGUACAUGCAGAAAUUGGUGGGAAGUACAUCUCUGUUAAGUCUGCUGGAAACCUUUCGACCCUAUUUGAUGUAGGGGGCAUUUUUGGUGGUAUUAUUGCUGGCUACAUAUCCGAUAAACUCAAUGCCCGUGCUUUAACUGCGGCUACCUUCAUAUAUGCAGCCAUUCCCUCUAUGCUUUUAAACCGAUAUUAUGGAAGUGUUUCUAUGAAUGUCAACAUUGGUCUUAUGAUGGUGACGGGACUACUCGUAAAUGGACCUUAUGCACUAAUCACCACUGCUGUCUCUGCUGACUUGGGUACACACAAUUCUCUAAGAGGAGAUUCUCGUGCUUUAGCUACAGUAACUUCUAUCAUAGAUGGAACCGGAUCUGUUGGUGCGGCUCUUGGCCCUCUUCUCACUGGGUUCAUUUCAACAAGGCGAUGGAAUGGAGUUUUCAUCAUGCUAGUUCUUGGCGCUUUCAUUGCGGGGCUUCUUUUGACGCGUUUGAUCAUAGCUGAGAUUGCAGAGAAAAGAAGCAGACAUUUAUCAAGCGAACGGCAAAAUCCUAAAGGUAAUAUUUCCAAAGAAGUAAAUUCAGAGAAACUGAAUUAGAAUUAGAAAAAAAGUCUUUUAUUAAAAGGAAAGAGAGCAAAUGAUUCUCCUAACUUUUCGAGAAGCCCGAACUGGCCCUCAACAUAACAAUACAAAUUCCCUCAACCCCUCUUCCUUUAUAUAUACAUCAUGACCCACUUGACUCACUAAGUAACCCACUAAUUGAUUGACUUACAUAUCAUAACUAACUGCUAAUUGAGGUUAUCUAACAUAAAUCUGUCAAAAGAUGGGGUUAAAUAAUCAAUUUCAAUUGUAGCUCAAGUGGAGCCGCCCUUGUCGGAUAAAGAAACAGUGUCCCUAUUCAUUGACACUUUGCAAGUAUCGUCCUAUGACAAGAUGAUCGGAAUCAUUUCGUCGAACUCCUCUGAUAUAGACAUAUAGUCGCUAGGAUAAAGAUAGGUGAGGGGAUAAAGAAUGACAUGAGGACCGACUGAGAUAUCAUUCUCGACUCUACUGGAACAACGAGUGCAAAGGAAUUUUCAAGCGGGUUAAUCAAGUAAAAAGGAGAUGGCAAUGCAUUAAAAUUCAAGUCAGUAGGAUACCCAAUU